AUGGCUGACUACAAAGCGUUCCCAGGUCCUCGUCAGGAAGGUCCUGCUCAGUUUGGAGAUGCCAAGCUCUCGGGUCGUGUCAUUGAUGUCAUGGCACUGCUUCCAGCUACGGUCAAUUUCGAAAAAGACCACAUUAAAGUGGAGGCAGCUCGAGGCAAUCUGGCACUCUAUUCGUCGUUUUUCUAUCUCCAGCAACAUACCGAGUGGGAAACACACUUGGUAGGCUGGGGAGGUGCUCCUGGCGGACUUUCGGACGAAUUGGACAAACUGCAAGAGGAAGCAAGGAAGAAGGAUGCUACGGCUGCGCUUCAAGAAGCAUGUGGCAAAAACGUGCAUCCCGUAUGGGCACCUUCGAGUUCUGGAUCCAAACCCAAAUGGAUGCAGUAUGCCGAUGAUGUUCUCUGGCCGGUGUUUCAUUAUAUUAUGCCACAACCGUCGGAUGGACGAGCAGAACAUGAAGCAUGGCGUGAUUAUGUUCGGUUGAACGAAAUCAUGUUUAACAAAGUCAAGGAGCUUUAUAAGCCAGGCGACUUGAUUUGGGUCCAUGACUACCACUUGCUACUCUUACCGCAAUUGCUUCGCAUGGAGUUUCCUGAUGCUGCCAUUGGGUUGUUCGUUCAUAUUCCUUUCCCAUCGUCCGAGUAUUUUCGAGGAAUUUCCAAACGGCUGCAAGUUCUCGAUGGAAUGCUCGGUGCAAACGUAGUGGCUUUCCAGAGCCAAUCGUUUUCUCGUCACUUUGUUUCCUGUUGUGCUAGAGUAUUGGGCCACGAAGUGGCUGCUGGUAUAGUCAUGGCCUAUGGCAUGAAUAUUGCCGUGGACUGUUUGCCCAUUGGUAUCGACGUUGACAGGAUUGAACACGACGCUUUUUCGGACAAAGUAGAGCAAAAAGUCAAGGCUCUUCGACAAGUUUAUGCCGGGAAAGCUAUCAUCGUUGGUCGUGAUAGACUCGAUAGCGUUCGCGGCGUUGUACAAAAACUCGAGGCAUACGAGACAUUCUUGGAAAUGUACCCCGAAUGGCGUAACCGAGUGGUUUUGAUCCAGGUACUGCUGAAGCCUCAAGCGCAUCUGAUCGGACAAACUAGACUGGUGGCCCAGUCGAAUCUGGUGCAGCGUAAGGUGGAAGAGAUGGUAUCUCGGAUCAAUAACAUUUAUGGCUCUCUCAACUAUUCUCCCGUGGUACACUACCAGAUGAGAGUUGACAGAGAUGAAUAUCUUGCUUUGCUUCGUGCUGCCGAUGUUGCGGUUGUUGCUAGCGUGCGCGAUGGAAUGAACACCACUGCUUUAGAGUAUGUUGUUUGCCAGCGUCACACAGCAGCUCCUCUAGUACUUUCCGAAUUCACAGGUACUUCUACGGUGUUGCAAGAUGCUUCGCUAGUAAAUCCAUGGGAUGCUGUGGGAGUGGCUCGUGCUCUUCACGAUUCUCUCACGUUAUCGGAGACCGAACGAGCGAAACAGGAACAACAAUUGUACCUGCAAGUAACGUCCAACACGGUACAGCAAUGGACUAAUGCAUUCAUUGGUCGGUUAGUGAAACACACUCUGGAAGAUGCUUCGCACCACACUCAUCACACCCCAGCAUUGGACCGUCCACUUCUUUACAAAUGUUACCAGAAAGCAUCCAAAAGAAUCUUCUUUUUCGAUUACGACGGCACUCUUGUUCCCAUCGUUCGUGAUCCGGCUGCUGCGAUUCCAUCGUCCAGGCUCAGUCUGCUUAUAGAUGCGCUUGCUGAAGAUCCCAAAAAUCAAAUAUGGGUGAUUUCUGGCCGUGAUCAGGCAUUCUUGGGCAAGUGGCUUGGUGACAAAAAGAUAGGGUUAUCUGCAGAGCAUGGGUGUUUCAUGAGAGACUUUGGGAGGACCGAAUGGAUAAAUUUGGCAGCUGAAACCGAUAUGUCGUGGCAAGAAGUGGUGGAAAGCUGUUUCCGUCGCUACACUGAGAAGACACCAGGUACAAAUAUAGAGAAAAAGAAGGUUGCUCUCACUUGGCACUAUCGUCGAGCCGACCCGGAAUUGGGAGUGUUCCAAGCCGAGAAGUGUCAAAAAGAACUCGAGGAAACGGUGGCUACCCGCUACGAUGUAGAGGUGAUGGCGGGCAAGGCCAAUAUCGAAGUUCGUCCUCGUUUCGUGAACAAGGGAGAGAUUGUCAAGAAACUCAUGGCUCUUCACGACGACCACAAUCCUCCGGAAUUUGUCCUUUGUCUUGGGGACGACAGAACCGACGAAGAUAUGUUCCGGAGUUUGCUUGAGGUACAAGAACAGUGGCACAAGUCCGACAAGCCGAAAUUGUCGCCCAAUGGAUCAUAUGGAAUUUUCCCCGUUGCUGUGGGACCAGCAUCGAAGGAAACGGUUGCAACUGCGCAUUUGAGCGACCCAUCCCAGGUGUUGGAAACAUUGGGAUUAUUGACAGGACAUGUUUCUCUUGAAGACACUGCCGGUUGCAGCUGA